AAAGCUUACUAAUGAUACAUAGCCAGCAGUACUGUAAAAUCAUUGAGGUCUGUUGCAUCAAAGUAUCACAGAUAAAACAUUGGGUGAACUCAUUCGACCAUCUACAACGACACUUUCACUUUUUUAAAAUGUUAUAUCCACUUCUUGUUCCAGCAAUAAGUGGGUUAUCUCACCUUGAGAAGUGAUCAUCCAACCACAUUUGAAAGCAAGGGGGAGGUAAUCAUCGAACUCACGACCGAAAGGUGUGUGUGCGCGAGCGUGUUUGAAUGAAGCCCGACUAGUCAGAACGUGAGCGGAAAUAUUUCUUCUGCCAAUAGAGAUAACCUCUGCCACUACCUGUAGGAUAACUGACUGGAUAUCAUUCGCUGAUAACUGUAUUCCUAAAGGAACCUGUUUGUUCCUAUUAUUGAAAUUAGUGUGAAUUUUGGCCGAGUUAUCGAGUUCCUUUUUUAUGUAAUCUAGAGAUCGGUUUUAAUAAUCAAACUGUCUUAACUUCUAAACGGUCAAAGUGUUGUGUAGGUAAUCUUAUUGGUGGAUCAUUCGAUCUGAUCGAACUCCCCGUGAGUAACACACACACACACUAUAAGACAAAGAGAAAAGAGGAGGGUGCAGGAGAGAGAGAGGGGGGAUAAACAAAACGUUAAUUUCCUGUUGCAUGCAGUUUGAUUUGUGAUGUUCACGUGAGUACUAAAGGAUUGAUACAGCACAUUCACAUACCGUUUUAGAUAGAGAGACGUGGACAAGCUGGCGAUAUGUCCGGUGUGGACCGACAUAUGAUUCGGCCUCCGUCCACAUACUCAGGCAUCCCGUCGUCCUACCAGGGUCCAGGAAGCCCUAACUCAUACAACAGUCCAUCUCCGACACCCUCAGCCAACUACUCCCAAGCUUUAAGCCAGUAUCCCGCACCACAGGCACCCUACUCCGGGGGGCGCCGCCAAGACAGCACUACCGAUGACGAGGACGAUGGAGACGAUGACUAUUCGUCCUCCAUUGUGACCCCUCCUAUGUCCUCGCCCCUGAUCAAACACAGAGACGGGGAUGAUAAGCGCACCCUGAGGAGGCGGAUGGACAGGAAUGUAGAUGAGAAACCAGAGGAGAAGAAAGUAUCAGACGACGGUAGCAAAGAGGCAACCAUGAUGACCUCAUUGUCAGUGCCUUUAUCUAAAGACCUGGGCGAGGACGGCUCUGAAAUCCACGACAUACACCUUGAGCCCCCAAGCUAUCAGACAGUCAUGGACUCUCAGCACAUUACGUGCCCUCCCCAGCCCGCGGAGUCAACCGUGGUGUCGCCGCCGAACGGCGUGAGUAGCGAGAGCGCGAGCGGCACAGCAUCACCCGCCUUCUCCACUCUGGCAUCGCCUAGACUACAGCGAUCGGACUCAGUCAAGUUUUGCCGGGCGUCGAACGGCAAUGCUCAGCGCAGCGGGCACGGCAUCGCAGUGGCCGGGAUGGCUGGGUCGAAUCCAGCAACCGGCGUCACCCGCCCCACGCGCCGUGUGCCCAGUCUUAAACUCAAGCGUCUCCACGUGCAAGGCUCGAGGGGCGGACUCGGGGGUGGAGGGGAUAAACUGAUACCUCCUGACACGUGCGGCGGCGGCGACGGCUCCAGUGGCACAGGUAAUCUGGGGCCUCCGCCUACCGUGCUGCAUAGCGGACACGUGAACCCCUCUAUCACCAUCACCCUCGACUCGGACUCGGAUUCUGUAUACAGUGAUUACCUGAGCCCGGAAAUCAACUACAAAAAUCACGAGAAUAAAGUUCAAUUCCUCGGUGACGAGACUAGCCUUUAUGGAACGCCAAAGGAGGAACUUCCGGCGGAGAAAGACACAGCAUCCUUGGACGCUUUAAGCAAAAACACCAGUGCUAAAACUUACUUAAAGGAACAAAUCAUGAAUUUCUUCCAGCCGUCCGACAACAAACUAGCCAUGAAGCUGUUUGGCAACAAAACCGCCCUUAUCAAGGAGAAGAUGCGUCACAAGAGGGUGGGGAACUGGGUCAUCCACCCUUGCAGUAACUUUAGAUUCUACUGGGAUCUCUUUAUGUUAGUUCUACUGAUCGCCAACCUGAUCAUCCUUCCAGUGGCCAUCUCGUUCUUCAAUGAUGACCUCAGUACUCACUGGAUAGUCUUUAAUUGUAUAUCAGACACUGUGUUCUUCUUGGAUAUAGUCAUCAACUUCAGAACAGGCAUCAUCCUGAACGACUACGCAGACGAGAUCAUCCUAGACCCGAAGCUGAUCGCCAGACAGUACAUCCGGACCUGGUUCUUUCUGGACUUGCUCAGCAGCGUACCCAUGGAUUACAUCUUUCUUAUGUGGGACUCUGAGGCCGACUUCAACCAGUUGUUCCAUGCAGGUAACAACAAAAACAACAACAAUUGGAAGCAGGAGACACCGGCGUACUGGCAAGGGCGAGCUCUCAGGAUGUUAAGGUUGGCCAAGCUUCUUAGUUUAUUACGACUGCUUCGUUUGUCCAGACUUGUCCGCUAUGUCCAGCAAUGGGAAGAGUUCCUGGCCUUCGCAGGCAAGUUCAUGAGGAUCUUCAAUUUGAUCUGUCUCAUGUUCCUGUUGGGUCACUGGAACGGAUGUUUGCAGUUCCUUGUCCCGAUGAUCCAAGAUUACCCUAAAGACUGUUGGGUGUCUUUAGAAGAACUCAAGUUCCUGGCCAUUGCAGGCAAGUUUAUGAGAAUCUUCAACCAUAUUUGCCUCAUGUUUCUCCUGGGACACUGGAACGGUUGCCUUCAGUUUUUGGUGCCCCUCAUCCAAGAUUUCCCAAAAGACUGCUGGGUUUCUACAGAGGGGCUUAAGGACUCACAUUGGGCUGAGCAGUACACCUUCGCCCUAUUUAAGGCAUUAUCUCACAUGCUAUGCAUUGGUUACGGGCGCUUCCCGCCCCAGAAUAUGUCCGACACUUGGUUAACUAUUCUCAGCAUGCUGAGUGGCGCCACUUGUUACGCCCUGUUCCUUGCUCACACCACCGCCCUUAUACACUCAUUUGACACCUCAAGGCGCCUAUAUAACGACAAGUUCAAACAAGUGGAAGAAUAUAUGAUCUACCGGAAGUUGCCAAGAAGUUUACGCCAACGAAUUACCGACUACUAUGAGCAUCGAUACCAAGGGAAAAUGUUUGACGAGGAGACGAUACUUUCAGAGCUGAAUGAAUGUUUGAAGCACGAAGUAGUCAAUCACAAUUGUCGAUCUCUGGUGGCAUCAGUUCCUUUCUUCACGAACGCUGAUCCGUCGUUUGUCUCCGAGGUGGUCAGCAAGUUGAAAUUUGAGGUGUACCAGCCCGGGGAUUACAUUAUCAAAGAAGGAACCAUGGGAACCAAGAUGUUCUUCAUACAAGAAGGUAUUGUGGAUAUUAUCACAGCAGACGGGGAGGUGGCUACAAGUCUUUCAGACGGUUCCUACUUCGGCGAAAUCUGUCUGCUAACCAAUGCCCGGCGAGUGGCCAGUGUGCGAGCCGAGACGUACGCUUGCCUCUACUCAUUGGCGGUGGAACACUUUAAUAGCGUGCUGGAUAGGUACCCUGUGAUGAGAAGGACUAUGGAGAGUGUGGCCGCGGAGAGACUGACCAAGAUUGGAAAGAACCCCAGCAUCGUCAGCAGCAGGGCUGACCUGGAGGAGGACCAGAAGCUGGUCAACGAGAUCGUCAUGGAAUCUACGCCUAUACCAACCAGUGCCAGCGAGGAUGAUGAACGAGACUCCGAUGACAGCUCUGACGGAAGCAAGCACAAAAAGAAAUCGUCUUUCAAAUUCGACUUCUCCACCAAACUGCACAAGAUCUCAGAAGAGCGAAAGAACAAAUCAAGGGAGCAGGCAUUACAAAAGGAAAAAGAUCUUCUAGACUUUGAAGACAACAAGCAGCAUCAUCACGGUCCAUCUUGGACAAAACUGCCCAAAGUCUAUUCAGGUUCUAAUUUAUUUGGUCUCAAAGUUCCAUCCUUACCAGAACGUAAACGAUCAGGAAGUGUUGGCGACGCCUACGGCCUGUCCAGUACUCGCCUUACCCAAAGUCUAGACGAAACAGAAGAGGAAGGGCUUCAAGAACCAGAUGAAAAGCGGCGCGGAAGUUUUCUGGGUGGGCGUUUAUUAAAAGGCUUCGAGCUCAAAGACUUAAAACCAAAAUCGAGUAAGGACGUGAAAAAGUCCCCGUUCCUUGGCGAACGUAAAACCCCCCACUCUGCAGAAAGCGGAUUUCUUGGUGUGUCCUCUGAAGAAAGCGCAAGUCUGCUGACGCCGUGUGAACCAAAAGACUUAAAUGAUUCCGUUAUUCAUGUAGGAGAAGUAGGCAAGCCCUCAGAUACUUCUUCGGAGACAGCUCAAAGAAGUCCAUCUAAAAAAGCCGGCUCUACUUCAGAAGGGUCGACAUUCUGUGGGCUCCGCUCCUUAAAAUCCUCUUUAAAAUCAACAAACGCUGCCAACUCCAGUGAACCAGCUGAGAUGUCGGGUGUGGAAUGCUCGGAAAUAGGCAGCUCUCAUUUAGCAUCCAGCAAAAAGGAAGCACAUUCGCAAGGAGAACAGGCCGAAAGUGCAGCGAAAGAAAGCAAAAAGGAUCAAACAGCUAAAGUUGUGUUUUUCACUGAUCCCAUCGUGCUAGCGUAUGGCAAAAAUAAAAGCAAUAAUAGCACUAGUUGACCUAGAGAUAGAAUUACUUCAUUUUCUCAUUUCAAACAGUACAAUACAUUUUUGAAUGUGUAGGCUUUGGCUAAAGUUUAAGACAUUUUUCGUAUACACAAUAAAAAGUCUGAAUGCUUACAGUACAGUCCUGGGCGUGUAGGAUUUGCUUUAAAUUUCAUAAAUAGUUCUACAUCCUGAGUUGAAGCGCUAUUUAUAUUGUAAUCAAAAAGUCCAUACACCAAAGUGUAUUUCAUUUAUGAGGAUUAUUUACUGGACUGCGAAAUGUCACUCAAAAGAAAGGAUUCAUAUAGCAUAUAGGCGUAAACUUAAGUCAAAGGAAAUUCAGGUACUUUCUGCAAGAAGCACUUACACCAUUUAUCCCCGUGAUCUACUAAAAGCACUGCUUCUAAGAGCAAGAACUCUAGUCAAGCUUCAUACGUCAAGGGAAAGAGCUCUGAGUUCCUCAAAUCCAUUUCUUUUAUAUCAUUUAGCCGAAAGAACAAUUGAAUGUUAUUUUCUGUAUUCGUUCCUUAUGCUGUAGAAUUUGACGCACUAGUUUUUUUUUUUCUUUUGUAUGAACCACUAUGCAUUGUAAGAUGACAAAAAGGGAAUUGGAACUCCACCAAAUGAAAUACACAACUUGCAUGCCCUUGUUAAGUGCAGAGUCCCUCGGGGAUUUCAAAAUGCAAGGAUUGCGUACAUAUUGUAUGAAUUGUAAGUUUUAAACCUUCAGGAACCUAAUAUACUCCGUAAUUUUCAAUACGUACUAUAUAGCGGAAUUCUUUUCAGUACCAUACUCCAAUUAAUUUGGUUUUUGCUUGCUUGCAAAAGUAUUGAAAAGUGAUUGCCGCUUGUCAGGUUGUGUAGAUUAGGUUCUAAUGAUAGCUUCAAUUGGAUCUAUAUUUGAUUCAAGAUUUACACUUUAAGUUUAUAAGCAUUAUGUUAUAGUGAAUGGCCAUUGGCGUAAGCUUGAAACAUCGACUUCAUUCAGAAUAAAUAGUUUAUAUGUCUUCAUCAAGGUUGACGAGGCGGGAGGCGUGGAAUAUACAACAGCUUUUCAUAAUUGAAAUCAGAAUAUUGUUUUUACCAAGUUUUACGUAUAUUUGUUUUCAAAUGCAAUAUUAAAUAUUUUAGUACAAGAGUACAUAAACUCUCUCUCUCUUAUAUAUAUAUAUAUCAGUGACGUCACAAGGGGGUGCGGUCCGUACAGGGUGACACCCAUCAGGGGGGUGACACCCGAAUGAAAAAUAAAUUUAAUAUUGGCAAAUACUAGAAAAUAAAAGCCCGAAACGAAAAAAAAAUUAUAUUGGCAAAAACUAGCAGAUUCAAAAAUAAAUAAAUCUCAAGAUAUAUACCCAAAUAUGUCUAGGAAAAUCUAAUGCACUAAUCUAGAUCUAUAUAUUUUUAAGACCUAAUUUUAUAUAUUAUAUUUUCAAUGAUAUAAAUGUCCACACACAAAAAAUUACGUGAUAACAAGGAAGGGGGACGCAAAGGCAGUUUUUUUUUUUUACAGAACAAACAUUGAUUGUAUUUUCAUUGUAGUUAUUUUAUAUUUUAGUAUUAAUUAGGCGAAAGAGACUUUAUUGCUAAAUUUUACGACAAUUUAAAUUAUUAAUUAUGUGAUGUCGUUUUAUCGGCCAAGCCUCCUCAACAACGUGAUUCUAGAGCCUUCGCCGUUUUUACGGCAGUACAAACCAAUUUCUCUUACUAACGUAACAUCGUACUAUUGACAUUUUUUGCGUGAACAGAACAGGCCCGCUACAAGAGGCCUUUCUAGAGAUGAGGAUGAUCUGAGGACAACAAGCCCAUUACAAACUCGCAUUAACUACUGCAGCUUUUCUCAAGCUAUGGUGGGGGGCACCUCUGGGGGGGGGGAACAGACAUUCUCUCAUGAGGGCGCGACGCCCUGACCGAUGGGGAGAGCCUGAAUCAAUACAUAUUAUUUUAUAGGGGUAUAAUUAAAAUGUGCAUUGUAGUUAUCAAUCAAAUUUUGAAUAUUAACACAGUGAAAUGACAUUAUCAAUGUUUAAAAAGUUAAAAUAUUGUAAGAUAAGACUUCGUAUCAUCUUCUAAUAAGGAUCUUUUAAAAUAUUUACCGUUUUUUGUGUUAGGCGUUUGCUAAAAUAUCGAUUAAACAUUUUUUGAAGACGACAUUUCAAAACGUCUCUGCUGACGUGAUUAUUUUUGAAAGGUCAGAAUGUUCAAAAUUCUAUAGUGUUUAACAUCGUUAUGUUGAGGACCUUUGUGUGACACAAACUAAAAAGGUUCGCGGCAAGGCUUCUUACUGAACAUGAAGAUGAUGUUAAGACAUACGUGCUCGCUAUGUGUACCUCGAACAUCCCCCGUGUAGUAGUAUUGGCCAAUGCUGCCUCCUUCUUUAAUAGACUUAAAUUUAGUUACUUUUUAACUCGUUUAAAUAAUGUGCUCAGAUUCCAAGAAAAUAUUCUAUAUCGGAAUAACGUCCCACUCCGUUAUAAUUUAACACUGACAUGGGCUCUUCUUACUACGAGAAGAAAAAUACAUUGAAGACGACACAAGCUGAGAACGAAGGAAAACGCCUGGAGGAGCUAACGACACUUCAACAGACCACCUUGCUGGAUAGAUAGGGAACAUAAUGCCUCUCUAAUAGUAUCUCCAGAAAGAACGUUUUCGGUUAUACAAAACAGUCUAAAGUUAUGUACAUAGCACUAUUUUUUUUUAAAAAAAAAUGCUUAGUCGGCGGGGGCGCCAACGAUGAAAGUUGAGAAACACUGCCUCAAAUGUCUCUCACACUUUAGAUACAGCCCGUUCACCACUUUUUAAUUGAAUUUUAUUUGAACUGCAAACUUCUUUCUAAUAGAAAUUGUACAUGAUACAAUUAAUGAAAAUGAGUUUCUAAAGCUCAGAAAUGCUGAAAAAUGCUUGGUGCCCGGGGCGAAUCGAUAGGGGAUCAUUUAACGCUCAAAAAUCCCAAUAGAUGCCUAAGUAUUUUCCCCUUUAGAUGGUAGUUAAAGUUUGAAUAACACAGCAUAAUGUUAUACCGUUUCCGUCUAAAAGUCUAACAAAGUUUAGGUGAAUUUAAUAAAUAUGCAUUGUAAAAUAUGCAAAAGAAAUGAAAAAAUGACAUAAACAAUUGCAUUUUCUAAUAGAAUUGACAAAUUUUACAAUUGUGCAAAAAUCGAUGCCAGUAGGUAAUCCACUUACUGUAUUGGUUCAACAAAAUGAAUUUUUAUUAGGAAAUGUGGAUAAAGUUGAUAGCGCGGGAAAGGGGUGACACCCCGAGCUGACCGCGCCGGGUGACACCGACCUAGUGACGCCACUGAUAUAUAUAUAUAUAUAUAUAUAUAUAUAUAUAUCAAAACAUAUAGAGAUAAUCAAAUAAGCAAAAUAUCUGAUGAAAUAGAAAUAUUUCAAGAAAUUCUGGUUCUAAAUAGAUGAACGAUUCAGAAGAAAGCAAGUGUAAGGCAUGUCCACUAGGUAUCAAAUAGCUGAAAUAAAUGUUUUGUCGUGAGAGGUCAGUAAAUAUUGCCUUGUAGAUAACUAUUAAAGUCAACACUUCAAACCUCGUACAUCUGAAUUGAAACAAAGGUGAGAGGAAAGUAACACAUGUACUAUUUAUACAUUCUCCAUGAUCCACAUGGUUUCUUAACGUAGAGCUGAAGUGUGAGAACCACAACUCCAGUGUUUUAUUUGGUGGAGCAGUUACCCAGUUUCUUGUUAUUUGUACAUUAUACUCUAUGUUGCUCCUGUUUCCAGAACUGCCUAUAUAUAUUUUUAUUUUCUUCACCAGUGUCAUGGGAAACCAACUUUGUAUUUCUCAUAUUCUGUUGUUGAAUUAGUUUUUAUAGUGUAGAUACUUUAAUGUCAGACAUAUGUUAUAGAAAUACACCGUGUAGUAUGCGGGAAUUGAAAUCAUUUGAUUUAGAGAUUGUAUGCUAGUCAAGUGUGCAAAUUUUGUACUACUAAUGUUUUAGCCUGUGUCUGUUUCUCUAGCUCUCUCUAGUUUUUUCUCUCAUUAUAAAUCUUCCCCAUCCUAAACAAAUCAAUCUUUAUGACUUUACAGCAAAGUUCGUUUUCUGUUUAUAAAAAUGAGGAUAAAAAAAUAUUUCUUGUUCUAAGGGAAGUAAUAUCAGAAAUUUUUCGGACAGUUUUAAGGCUAAGGUACAUAAUUAAAUUAAAAGAGUAAAACUUGUCAUAAUAGUAUAAUAAAUAUUUGUAGUGUUUAAUUGUAAUUCACAGUGGUGAUGAAUGUAAAUCUAUAUUAAAGAUAGUAUACAGUUUCGUCAUUAUUAAGUUACUACAUACUAUAGUCAACUAUAAGAUUCUUGUUGCAACUAAACUCUAUCAUGAAAAAUACCGUAAUGUCAAAACAUUCAGAAAUCGGGUGUAAAAUAAUAAGAGUACACUUUGCACUUUGAUGUUUUAGGAUCAUCUUCACUUACAUGUACAGAUACAAUACAAUAAGAGAGAAAAAGAAAAGAAAGAGAUAUGAAGAAUCAUGGUGGAAAAAAAAAAAAAAAGCCUUAGAAAAUAAAAAUGUAUUGACUUUGAAAUAAAUAGACAAGGACGCCAUAUUGACAGAUCACUGUUCCCUAAUAAAUAACAAUUACUUUGUCCUACUAGCUAGAGGGCUUAGAAAUCUGGGUUCUACAUCGUUGAAAAGUGGGCACACACAUUUCUGUUAACGUUCACUCGAAGACUAUCAAUACUUCUGGCUUCUGUGCGUUGAAAACACCAAAAAGGUUUCUUUUUUUGGUCAUGAAAAUCUACACGACAAAUCUUCAGUUUCACAACUGACACCAUUUUGUAGAACCUUUCCCCUAGUUGGAAGUCAGUGGCGCUAAUAAAUAAUUACAUUUUUUGAUAAGUAACGAUUUUAUUUACUGUAAAACACGUUUAUUUCGGAAUGGCAAAUACACAUACAUACAUUUCUUGUUCGUUUUUUCCCCUCAGUUCUAACUUAUAUCUCCUCCCUCUGUCUGUUCUAACUUAUGUCUCCUCCCUCUGUCUGUUCUAACUUAUGUCUCCUCCCUCUGUCUGUUCUAGCUUAUGUCUCCUCCCUCUGUCACUAUUUUCUUUUAUCGAUUAAAAGUUCUACGUUAAAAAAAUCAUCUCUUUGUGUGGUAUCUGAUUGAUGUGCAUUCAGUAACUUAAGGAGAGUUCUUAAUGGUUUAAUAAAGGUUUUCAUUUUCAUUUGGUUGAUGUCUCACUAGAGUUGACUAAUUACAGCAUUGACAACUAGAUGCUGUUAAAAUAUUCUUGCAGAUUCUCUUCUCCAGAAAUGUUCAAGCCCCUUAUUCUUUUCAUUAGUGAUUAUGUCAAAGACCUAUUCAUAUUAUACACACUUAAUCCGUCGUUAUCAAGCAAAGGUAAAUUUGAUUUAAAAAAUGUUCACAAUUAUGUUACUAAUGGAGUUAAGUUUAAAAUGACCAUUUUUGUUUUUUACUUUUAUUUAUGUUAACAUUAAACAACUCAGAGGCAGCCUUAGUGGGUGGCGAGUGCGUCAACUUCCCAGUCACGGCGCCUCACGAUGAAGAGAAUCUUUUGUCACCCUCAGCCCAUCGGAUAACUAUUACUGGCCCUGAUAUGACACCAGCCCAAAGCCCACGCGCUUCUAAGGUCUCCUCUGAGCAACUUAGUGUGAAAAUGAAAUCUGUACAAUGAUUAGUGCAUUCAUAAUUAUAACUUUAUUAGGCAUACAUUUUUGUUGUCUACAUUAAAUGUAUACACAUAAAUAUAAAUACAUUAUUUAUGUUUAGCAGUGCACAUGUGUGUGUCUGUGUGGAUGCUCCAAGUUUGAGUUUAUUAAUUAAAAUUCUAACGCUUGAUAAUAAAUUUGUAACAAUUUAUAAAAUUAGAUUUCUGUCCCGUCAUUCCAUAUCCCCACAUGUAGCAAGUAGCUCAAAGUCCUUGUUUUUAUAACCAUUGCUUUCUUCGCUACAUUUCUAGAGCUGCUAUUAAAAAGUCGUUUGAUAUAACUUCCUAAACCUUUUUCUUUUCAAACUAGAAAGAAGUAUUAACUACUAUGUCUGUGUUAGAUAAUGAAACAUUAUUAUUUUACUUUUACUCAUUCUUAAUUAAUGUAGAAGUCAAAUGAGUCGACAGUUUAUACCUUUGAUCAGUCUCCAUCUUUGUUUGUACCUCAUCCAAAGUAUCGACAAUUCCAAUGGUUUCACAUUGAUUGAUUUCUUUAUGUUGCUUUCAUUUGAUUUGAUGUACAUUUUUAUUUACUUCAGUUUCCACCUGAGUCAGAUGUAGCGCCAUUCAGAGAAACUACAGUUCUAUUAUGAUUUCCAGAAAAUGCAACGAAAAUCAUUAAAAUUGAUAAAAAUCCUA